AUGCCCCCAUCAUCUCGUACCCGCCGCUUCAAGGCAGACAGCGUCAAAGAGAGCGCAGACCCCCUCUACAAGAGCGACGACGAGCAGGCCCAUCCCAGACCCAUUAUCCGCAAGUCAAAGGGUUCUACAUCCAAGCGAAACAAUCCCCAGCAACCCGUUUCUGAAGCGAACAUCUCUACAGAAGCACCGAUUAUCAAAGCGGAUAACUCUAGAAGCCCAGAGCCGCUUUCUUAUCUAUUCGGGUACAUCACGAAACAGGUUGGCAAGAAAUAUGAGAAGCCUGUCCGCGAUGAGUUUCAUAAGGAUCUGAAAGCGAUCGGAGAAGGACGCAGGGAUGCGCACCCUGGACACGCGGGAGCCAUGGAUCGGUCUCUUCAAGAAGUUGCGAGGCUCAAAUUGCAAGCCGGACUUGAGACUGUUCAACCAGCCAUCGCAGAGGAAGUUAAACCACUUGAGGAUCUCGUGAUCUCCGAAUAUACGAUCCGAUAUUGGAAGAAAAGACUUGCUACGAUCAAAAGAGAUAACAAGAGAAGUGCGCAACGGAAACAGAUGAAGUUCACAAGGGCAGAGGUGGCGGAAGCUCAUGAGAUGUGGGUAGCCAAGCGAACUGCUUUGGGACUACCCCUAGACGGCGACCUCGACGACCUUGCACCAGCCGAACACAAGCACAACGACGGUAAGAGCGUGACUACUACGCGAUUGGUUCAACCAGAGACGAACGCGACUCCAGACUCGGACACCUCAGCUGAGGAGCAACCCAACGAGAGCGGUACCGAUGAUUCGACUGAUUCUGAUUCUGAUCCGGAAAGCUCGGAGGAGGCUGUAUCGGAAUUUUCAUUUACGGCUGAUGGCAUUGAAUCUUCUGAGUCGGGCGCCUAA